AUUCGGAUCCUACUCUGUAGCAGUUCUGGAGAUCUACAGCUAUCGUUAGUUUUUACUAUCGGGCUAUCAGGUCCUCUAUCGUUCCCCAUAACUGUCCACCCGUCACCCCUAAAAGGCGCCUAGACUCUAGGCUCCCCCGCGCCCGGAGUAAGCCUAAUGGUGUACCUAGGUAACACCCAUCGCCACUAAAGAUUCCUGCCUGCGGAGAACCACCAAUUUCGCCGCAGAGCCUCUUCUUCCUCUCAUCCUCCCAUCCAUCUUCAUCCUGUGUCAACCACAUACCAUACCUCUUCAUCUCUCCAUCUCCACAUCUCCUCGUCUCCUCAUCUCCUCAUCUCUCCAUUUCUCCAUUUCUCUCUCCCCAUCUUGCCAUCUUGCCAUCUCGCCAUCUCCAAACUCCAGCUUCAUCUCCAAGUCGCGCUUUUCUCUGCAUCGUCCUCCCUCUUCCUCCAACCCCAUACGCUCUUCCCACCAAUCCGUCCCAAUUUCCGUACCCUCCCUCACGUAACCCCCUUGGAUCGGCCACCUAGCCAUCGCGCCAGCCAACCACAUUCGCUGUGCUGCCAACCCUGCACUCUAGCGGGCGCAGGAGACUGGUAACUGCACCCAGACACACACUUCCAAUCACACUAGCAAGUCUUAGCUGAAGCAGCCAAGCAGCAGCCUGUCCUGCCGUCUCUGCUCCCAGCGCACUUGUCGUACCUUUCUCCGACCUUUUCGAUCUCGGCUCUCGCUCGUCUGGGCUCGAAGCUUGCGCGAUUCCAACAGUGACUGUCACCUCUCCGAAUAAGAGACAAGCCCAUCGAAAAAAUCUUCCGGCGCACCUUAACACUAUUCCGCCAUUAUUAUUCUACCAAUAACAUCGGCACCGUGUCGCCCAUCUUCAAUCACCACCCUCGCGCAUAUUUAUUCGACUUGCUAUUGGAGAUCCAUCUCUCAGAACCCAGUUGUUUUUCUGGCCCUGGGUCAAUCUGGAACCCUUCUACCUUUCUCAGCUCGACGUCCUCUAGCGAUGCGCAGAAGUUCUUAACCUGUUCGUCACACCAAUCCUACGCCGACCAGCCUCCUAUCUCCUUUCUCGCGUCGAGUCUGACCUUCGAUCCUCCUCGAACUCGAUUUAAACAAAUUUCUCGAAUUAUACUACAGCUUCUUACGAUCGCUUCGUAUUGCUACUGUUUAUCAACCGUGAGACCCAUCAAUUUACGCGACCCGCGACACCUUCGCGAGGAUCGUCCUAAAGGAGAAAAGGGGACUUUCGACUUCCUCUCUACGCCAGCACGUUCCUUGCCUUAAGCGUCUUUAUAUCGACCAUGAGCAACGGUCAGUCGAACCAGUCGGACGCAAUGUACAAUAGGCCAACGCUGAAGCGCAACGGCUCCAGUUCUGCCGCAAUUUCCCAUCUCCCAGUCUCCACACCCAACGGCACAUCCAACAUACACAACGCGAGUAUACCCGAACCAUUCUCUCCUGUAUCAUCUCAACCAUCAUCGACCGCUUCCGCAGCUUUUAAUACCAUGCUUCCGCCGAUAGGCCAGCCGUCAUUGCAUCUUGCAGAAAUGGAUGCUGGUGGAAAUGGCAUGCCGAAUAUGAACGGCAUGAGUGGAGCAUAUCCUACUAAAAAUGUUAAUGGCGGCACUGUUGCUGUUCUUUUGCGACGUUUAGCACCAACAUACAGCAACGAGUUGCUGCACGGGCUACUUACAUUUUCCCAACACUUGGUCGAUUACGCUUUCGUUCCGAACGAACAUCCUGAAGACGGCCAGUGUCGCUCUGCGAUCGCACGUUUCGAAACGAGAGCCGCAGCAGAGGAAGUUCGGAACGCUCUCCAUGGCAAACUGAACAGCACGGGUGAAGCUAAUAUGAUCGUUGAAAUUCUUAAUGCUCCAUCUGCCUCCCUUGUGCGCCGCAAUACAAUCGACCAUGCGUCAAGCCGCGCCCUGUCAAACUCCGCGUCUCAAGUUAGCGCUCCGCCGUCCCUAACGCGCCAGACGUCGCUUUUCAAUGGCGCCUUCCAGGCUUUCGAAAGAGCAGGGAAUAAUGAGCUUCCAGCGCCAGACGGAAAUUCUCAACUCACAUCCAUAUUCUCCCCUCAGUCGCCGAUCGAAAAUUCAAUCAGUGAUCGCUCGUACGGCUCCGGCAAAAUGAUGAUCAAACAAGAUCCUGACGAAGAUACCGGCGACUUGUUGAGUGACCCUGUUGGGUAUGCCCGGAACGGACCUUCUAAUCCGGUAGCUUUGCAGCGGCGGUUGACCAACCCACCAGUCCCUCUAUCUCACUUCGCCAGCCUCUCGUUGUCGACAAAUGUUGGUACUCCCAUGCAGCAAUUGGGUGGCACUCGAUCGAAUACGAGUAUUGGGACUCCCACCAGUACAAUGCCACCCGGCCUUUCAUCUACAAUAGUACCAAAUUCUGGAUACAUGCAUGCUUCUCAAUAUCAUCGGGUAAAUUAUCCACCCGUCAACCCAGCCGAUCAGAACCCUCCUUGCAACACCUUGUACGUGGGAAACCUCCCACAUGAUACCUCAGAAGACGAGCUGAAGGCUUUGUUUACCAAACAACGCGGAUACAAGCGACUCUGCUUCCGGAAUAAGCAGAACGGACCCAUGUGCUUCGUCGAAUUUGAAGACAUCUCUUUUGCGACCAAGGCUCUCCAUGAGUUGUACGGAUACCAAUUGUCUAACAGCGUUAAAGGCGGUAUUCGCCUUAGCUUCUCCAAAAACCCUCUCGGGGUCCGCCCAGGCCCACCUCCUGGAAUGAAUGCAGUGCCCAAUGCUAAUGCUGGGAAAUCGACAAAUGGCAACGGAAUGCCACUCUUCGCAACAGCAAACACUUUCCCACCUGGAUUGGGCAUCCCUCCUGGUUUCGCGAGCACAAACAAUUCGAUCAAUCCACUUAUGGCCGGCAUCAACAACGCUGCAGCCAACACCACCUUUAAUAGCCACUCAGUGUCGGGGCUCGGGAUGAACCCUGGCACUAUUGGGACAUCACGUUCGCAGGCUCUUAAUGGCGGACCUGUCGGCGGAGUGGCAGGUCCAGGUAUGGCAAACAUGAAUGUCACUGCUUAUGCUGAUUUCAUGGGCCGAUAGAUCAAAGCAUAUAAACGCAUCUAUAUAAUGUUUUGCAUGUGUGAUGAGUACUGGAGCGUCUGGCGUUAUGGAACACUGGACUCUACAUGUUAGAUCGUCAUGCGACGCUGGCCUCUGCCUCUUUUGAUGUUUUGCCCCAUGCCACGACCCUUUUUGUGCUUUGAUUUCCACUAUUAUAUUUUUGUUCUUGAGUAAAUUUCCACUUUUGUUUUAUACUUGCAUCGAUAUUUAUUUGUCUCCCUCAGUUUAUUUUUUGCCAUUUUCUCAUAGUUACAGGCUUAUUCUCGGGGCUAUUGACCACUGCAUGGAAUCUUGAAGGAAGGAGCGGCUAUUUUAUUGUUCGGGAUUAGCGAGAAAGUGCAUAUUGCUCCGGCGCAUUUUGCUUGUGCGCGCUUGGGCCUUGCUGGAACUCAGGAGGACUCGUUCCCGUUCUCGUUUACAACCCCCCCCCCCCCCGCGCGGACAAAAAAGGGGGUUGUAAUUUGGGUCUUCUUUUCGUGGCCGGCUCCUUUUACCUCUUUAUUGCAUCUCAUUUUCUUAUUUCCCAAAUUUUGCGUCUGUGUCGCACUACGAACAUCAUUUUCUCCUUGUCCAUUUACCCUUUAUCCGUUUUCUGCCUUCGCAGAUGUUUUCUGGGGUACAUCAUUUAUUUUGCUGAGCCAGCCCUAUUAUUUUUCAAAAAUUAUUCCCCUCAAAAAUUAUCCCCCCUUUACACGCAACAUCAUUUUUGUAGCCUUCAUUUCAAGCGCGUCGAUAUAUUUUUUUCGUGGGAUAUUUUUCCUUCUUUUUCUUAUUCGUCGAUGACCUCUUCCCCCGCUCCUCUCCGCCCCCCAAAUGAAAGAAGAAAAAGAAAAAAACACCUCGAGAGAUUUGCCCAUUUCACAAAGCGGCCAUGUUAAGGCGUACAUAUUAAACGAUUGUGUUUUACUUGUCUGUUUCUUGGCGUGGGAAAAAUGGGCCUCUGCAGGAUACGUAUACGAGAAGGAUGAUCAGGAAUCUUCUCGUGCUGGAUUCAUGGAUAUUUUCUUGUUUUUUCGUGCGCCUUUUAUUAUUUUCUGCUGCAAGGUUCGGUGUUUUUUUUUAUUUCACUUGUUUUGCUUGCUAAUUUUGUGGCCAUAUCUGUCUCUAUCUCUCCAGUUGUAUUCCCCUCCAGCAUUUGCGUUCUUACUACUCAUGUCUCCCCUGCUGGUUGGCAUCCUAUUUAUUUAUCAUUGCCUCAUUCAUCUUGUCCAGCUUCUUUUAUUACAUCUUUAAAAAAUCAUUAUUUAUACAAUGCGCUACACAAACUUUUGUUCCACACCCUUUGAACCUUUCUAUACCAUACCUGCACACGCGGCGCCCCUUUCAUUUUCAAUUUCUAAAAAAUUUCCUCUUCCCCUGCCCUUCUAUUUAUGGAGUCAAAUUCUCACCAAUGGCAUGAUUAUCAUAUCAUCUCCCAUCAGCAAGUGAUUACUCUUCCAAAUGAAACAGAGAGAUAUGGAUACUUGUUGGAUCAAUAACUUAUUUUCCCCUUCAGCAUAGCUAGGCUUAUAGUCAAUGAUCUACACAGAGACGCGGGUCGCUGAAACAUUUUACGUUUGCUUUAUUGCCAUUGGUCUUCUUCUUUUCAGCUUCACUUUCAUCAUCCUCCGUAUCGAUUUUUGGCUCCCUUAUAAUGAAUUUCGAGAUCCAUAUCCAUCGGUGUACACUUUGGUGCGACCUCGCC